AUGUUAGAUAAGCUGGAGAUCUCCAUGCCUUUUGUUGAGGCAAUCACUCAGAUUCCAUCGUACAAGAAGUUUCUAAAGAACAUUUUAGGCAAUAAGAAAAAGCCAAAGAAGAGUGUGGUGGUGGAUCUGAGCGAAGGAGCCUUGACCUGUGCAGUUCUUCAACAUAAACUACCUCCUAAGCUGAAAAAUCCAGGUAGUUUUUCCAUCCCUUGCAUCAUUGGUGGAUUUGUAGUUGGUGGUGCUCUGUGUGAUCUGGGUGCCAGUGUUAGUCUUAUGCCAUAUUUUUUAUGUAAGAGGCUCAACCUGGGAACACCAAAACCCACUUCCAUGACCCUACAGAUGGCGGAUCGCUCCAUAAAGCGUCCGGUGGGAGUUCUAGAGGAUGUCCCGGUCAUGAUUGAUCAGUACUCUAUACCGGGGGGUUUUGUUGUUAUGGAUAUAGAAGAGGAUGCCAAGGUUCCUAAUAUACUUGGUAGACCUUUUCUAGCUAUUGCUGGUGCCCUUAUUGAUGUGAGAAGAGGAAAAAUCAUGAUGGAGGUGGCUGAGAAUAAGAUCGAGUUUGACAUAUUCAAGAUGGCGAAGCACCAGCCCUCGUAUGUUGAUGAGUGUUACUCGAUAGAGGGGCUGGGUGAGUGCACUGAUGAAAGUAGAAAGAUUGAGUUAGGGGAUUUGCAUGUUUCCCCUAUUGAUCCUGGACCCCCUGAAAAGUCAAGUGUGCUGAAAUAG